AACGUUUUCUCAUAUGCAGUUUGUUCCACAUGCAUUACCCUACUGGAAGUGUAAAGAAGGACACACGUUUAUGCGUUUUUGUUAUAGAUAAAAUCGCUACAAAACGUUUGUUUACAUUGAUUCUAGUUUGAGUCAUACCCUUCUACGACUUCACACGUGGACAUAACAACGCGAGUACGUUUAGCCGGAUUACAUUCGAUCCGAGUGGACCUUGUGUUUACAUCUGGUUAAACGUUGAAUAAAGAUUCCCCGCAUGACAGAAUUCAGUGUACCAUUCCGGGAACAGGACAGGCUGCAAAACAUGGAAUUUCACCAAGAGCCAGCAACGCGAUCAGACUUUCCUUUGGAACAACCUCGUCAAUAUGUUAGGAAACCUCUUUUACCACUACCUCCAGCUCAUCUGCGGCAACAGCCAAUACCACAGGAGAUUAUUUACCCAGUCUACGCUCCUACUACGUGUGUGGCUUACCCACAGGAAUAUUACCAGAAAGGAAUCGCUCCUCCUCCUCUUGAACAGUAUAUACCAAUUCAGAAGCCUAUUAACAUUAAUGGCAGCAGCUAUACAAAUCUUCCCCGGGGAAGCUUUCCUGCAUUGAUUGCAGAAGAUUGUCCCGAAAAAUCUAAACCUGAAAAUUCCACAAGAGGAAAUCAUCAUUAUUCAAAAGAAAGCUACUUCACAAACAAAAAGGACGAAUACCAACCAUAUUCGAAAGAUGAAUCCAACAGAAAGGGAAAAGAGGAAUCUAUAAAUCGCUCUAGAGACAAUCAAUCGAAACAUCACAGUAACGGUCACUCUUCUGAUUAUAGAAAUGACGAUAAUUCCACACAUCAAAGAAAAGGUUCUUCGUCACAUCGCCAAGGCGAUUACUCUGAUCAUCGAAACAACGGUAACUCAAGUCAGCAAAGGGACGAUCGAAAUCCAUCACAUCGACAAGACAGUCAUUCCGAUCAUCGAAACGAUGAUAUGUCCAGACAUCGAAGGAAUGAUCACUCAUCACAUAGACCAGACUCUAAUAAUCGAAACGACGAUAAAUCCAAUUAUCGUAAGGACGAUGAUUCAUCACGUCGACAAAUCGACGAUAAAUCCAGACAUGGAAGAGACAGUCACUCACCACAUCGAAAAUACAAACAUUCUGAUAAUCGAAUCGAGAAAAACAAUAAGUAUCCAAGGGACAAUCACUCUCCUCAUCGACAUGACAACUACGCCGAUUAUCGAAGCGACGACAAAACCAAACAUCGGAGAAAUGAUCACUCUUCACGUCGUCAAGAUACUUACAACAAACAUAAAAGCGACAAUAAUUUCAGCAAUCAAAAGAAAGACCACUCAACAUAUCGUGAAAACGGUCACAUCGAUCAUCGUUACAACGAAUGCAGCAAACAUCACAGUGACAACUACUCAUCAAAUCGACACAACGGCUACUCCGAUCAUCGAAACAACGAUAUUUCUAAUCAUCGAAGGAAAGAUAACUCGUCACAUCGUCACGAUAAUUCCUCCAAACAUCGAAGCAACGACAGCUCAAAACGUCGAAACGGCAGUUACUCCGAUCAAUCACACGACGAAAACUACAAGGAUCGUAUUGACGAUUAUCGCGAUACCUACGAUUACUCGACGGGCGACUACUACACCUACCCACUCGACAAAGAGCUUGAAGCAGUAGACGAUCAGAUUUACAUAACAACAGACAGCGUUGGCUGGCCUUUUGAAGCUGAGAGCAUGAGCAGUCGUGGCAGUUCCUCUGCGGGAGACUUGGACUGUAAGGUGUAUGUGGGGCAGAUUGGGAGAGGAGCUGUGAAGGAGGAGUUGGAAGACAAAUUUGGUUGUUUUGGACGUAUUAAAAGUGUAUGGAUAGCCCGUAAUCCGCCGGGCUUCGCCUUUGUGGUAUUCUACAACCUUAAAGAUGCCGAAAAGGCAGCUGAAGAAAUGGACGGAGAAAUCAUCAAUCACAGAAGAGCACGAGUUGAAAUGUCUAGUGGGAAGUCGAGAUGGGGAAGUGCAGGUCCCCCUACCCGCAGGCGGGAUAGCCGAGAUGGUCGCGAUAGUCGAGACAGUCGAGAUAGUCGGAGGCAGCAGUAUAACGGAGACUAUUCCAGGUCAAGGUCUCGGUCACCCCCAAGAUAUGACAGAUACAGGAAGUACUCUCGAAGCCGAAGCAGGUCUAAAUCGCCUUUUGAACACAUCUAUCAAAGCAGGCGGUGAUGCUGUCGGGGUGUGUUAAUGUGAUUGAGGACUACAUGUAGGGACACAGGACUCUACUACAUAACAACCAGACACCCAGAAUUCUACUGUGUUGUGUAACAAACAGGCAGAUAGCUAAUUAAACUAUACAUUUUGGAAUGUGGAAACUAAAACCUUUUUUUUAAGAGAAGAAAAAUCGCUGUAGAUGUAGAAUUUUCACCCAAUAUCAUUUGACAAUUCAUCGUUUGAAGUUUGCAACAAGAAAAACAUUUCACCUACAUCUUUUGAGAGGUUUUUCUGAGUGGGUGGGGGACUGCUCUGUACAUAAUUCAAUAUUUUUGGAUACCAGAAUUAUUAUGAUUGCACUUUAUAAAUUUCGAGUUCGUAUAACUCGGAACUCUGAUAUGAUUAUAUUUCCAUUGUUGGAAUGAAUGGACGGACCUGUAUCAUAUCUUUAUUGUACCUAAAUUCAUUUACCCCUGAAGACACAUUUGAACUCCCCCGAUUCAAAGGUUGGAACAGUUCAUUAUGAAAUUUCAGGGAUAACUGAGUUAAUUGUGGUUUGAGUAUUUGUUUUACUGUACUUGUGUUUUUACAACUUAUAUACAAACAUUAGAUAACAUUCAAAAGUACCAGUGAUAACAUCCCGGAUGUCCUAGGUAUACCUCGACCAGAUCUCAUCCAAUCUAUAUACGCUGUCAACAACAAUCUGCUAUCUACAACCACUGAAAGCUCAAGACAUCAUUUUGUUUCUGUGACCUUCAACUUCAUCAAUUGUGACCUUGAUUUCGUCAUUUUUUGUCAUCUGGCAACAUAUCAUUUGGCAUUUGACUCAUUGUUUUAAAAAUAGCCAUUUGUGUCUUAGCAAUUUAUUUUUUUUAAUUUUUUUUUCUCUCUCUUUCUAAAUCAAAGUUACAAAGAACAGACACAUUUUAUGUACAUACAAUAUGUUUUUAUUAUUUGCUGCAUUUUGUAUUUAAAGACUAUGAUCAGAAAUCUGUAUGAAUGCUUUUUAUGACUGUAUUUCAAGGAAUGAACUCUUUCAAAGAUUGGGGGGGGC